UGAAUCAGCCAGUAGCUCCAAUAUUGAAAACAAUUCCAUUGAAAUAAUUCCUAUACAGGAAGUUAGUCACUCCAAUAUUGAAAACAAUUCCAUCGAAAUAAUUCCUAUACAAGAAGUUAGUAGCUCCAAUAUUGAAAAUAAUUUCAUUGAGAUAAUUCCUAUACAAGAA